GGAGAGGCCGCGGCCAAGUUCGGGCCCCGGUGCAGGGCGCUGAAGCCUGUUCUGCCCACCCCAGACCCGUCCCUCCUGCGUUCGCCCGUCUUUUUUGGAAAUAACGAAAACGCUGACUUUGAACUCCGGAGGGAUCUUUUCUUUGCAAGUCCGGAAGGAUGCGGCCCUCAAGAUGCUCCCUGACUGCACACCUACGAAUUGCCCGCGCCCCUAGAGGGCAGGAGCGCGGCCCUUUGUACUGGCCUAGGAGCCAGCGAAUAGAGAAUGUGCUGCCCAGAAGCGACGAGUCAUUUCCCAGUCGUGUGGGCCCAAGCAGAUUUCUGCACCUUUGGGGGUAUCCAGGCAUACCCAUCACUGCGCGUCACUGACUCCCAGGUUAGGAAAGUCCCUUAAGGCAGAAUGACUAUUUUCUGAACCUGCUGUUGGACAGAACCUUUGAAUUUGGAAGAUCCAGAUAAUGAGCCUCUGAGCCAAGCACUCUGUUGAUGCAGAACUGAACUGCCUUCUAGUACCAGCCCAGUUGAAGAUGGAGCCCACAGCCUACCCUCUCAAUUUGACCCUGAAAGAAGAGAAAGAAGAAGAAGAGAUUCAGAGCAGGGAACUGGAGGACGGCCCCACGGAUAUGCAGAAAGUACGAAUCUGCUCAGAGAGUGGUUGGGUACCAGCCCUGUUUGAUGAAGUGGCCAUAUAUUUUUCUGAUGAAGAGUGGGAAGUUUUGACAGAGCAACAAAAGGCUCUCUACCGGGAAGUCAUGAGGAUGAAUUAUGAAACUGUCUUAUCCCUAGAAUUCCCAUUCCCUAAGCCAGACAUGAUCACUCGGUUGGAAGGGGAGGAGGAGUCUCUGAAUUCUGACGAGUGGCAGCUCCAAGUAGGAGGAACCUUUGCAGAAAAUGAAGACUCUGACGUAAAGCCUCCAGACUGGGCAAGCCCGGCGAAUGCUGCCUCCCAGUUUGCUCAGCCUCAGCACCUCGACAGCUUUGGCCUCCGUCUGCCUCGGGACAUCACGGAGCUGCCCGAGUGGAGUGAGGGGUACCCCUUCUACAUGGCCAUGGGCUUCCCAGGGUAUGACCUCUCCGCCGACGACAUAGCUGGGAAGUUUCAGUUCAGCCGUGGCAUGCGCCGCAGUUACGACGCAGGGUUCAAGUUAAUGGUGGUGGAAUAUGCCGAGAGCACCAACAACUGCCAGGCUGCCAAGCAGUUUGGAGUAUUAGAAAAAAACGUUCGAGACUGGCGCAAAGUGAAGCCUCAGCUCCAGAAUGCCCACGCCAUGAGACGGGCAUUCCGAGGCCCCAAGAAUGGGAGGUUUGCACUGGUGGACCAGCGUGUGGCCGAGUAUGUCAGAUACAUGCAGGCCAAAGGGGACCCCAUCACCAGGGAGGCGAUGCAGCUAAAAGCCCUUGAAAUCGCCCAGGAAAUGAACAUUCCAGAGAAAGGGUUCAAGGCAAGUUUGGGUUGGUGUCGAAGAAUGAUGAGAAGGUAUGACCUGUCUCUGAGGCACAAAGUGCCGGUGCCCCAGCACCUGCCGGAAGACCUGACUGAGAAACUUGUCACAUACCAGCAGAGCGUGCUGGCUCUGCGCAGGGCACACGACUACGAGGUGACUCAGAUGGGGAAUGCAGAUGAGACGCCCAUUUGUUUAGAGGUGCCAUCGAGGGUGACUGUUGACAACCAGGGCGAAAAACCUGUCUUGGUCAAGACGCCAGGCAGAGAAAAACUGAAAAUCACGGCCAUGCUUGGUGUCUUAGCUGACGGGAGGAAAUUACCUCCGUACAUCAUUUUGAGGGGAACAUACAUCCCCCCUGGGAAGUUUCCCAGCGGGAUGGAAAUCCGCUGCCACCGCUAUGGGUGGAUGACCGAGGACUUGAUGCAGGACUGGCUGGAGGUGGUGUGGAGGCGGAGGCCGGGAGCAGUGCCCAAGCAGCGAGGGAUGCUGAUCUUGAACGGCUUCCGGGGCCACGCCACCAACUCUGUGAAGAACUCCAUGGAAAGCAUGAACACCGACAUGGUGAUCAUCCCCGGGGGCCUGACCUCGCAGCUCCAGGUGCUGGAUGUGGUGGUCUAUAAGCCGCUGAAUGACAGCGUGCGGGCCCAGUACUCCAACUGGCUUCUGGCCGGGAACCUGGCACUGAGCCCAACCGGGAAUGCCAAGAAGCCACCCCUGGGCCUCUUUCUGGAGUGGGUCAUGGUGGCGUGGAACAGCAUCUCAAGUGAGUCCAUUAUCCAAGGGUUCAAGAAGUGCCACAUCUCCAGCAACUUGGAGGAGGAAGAUGAUGUCCUGUGGGAAAUCAAGAGUGAGUUGCCAGGAGGAGGAGAACCACCAAAAGAAUGUGAUACUGAAAAUGUGACUGAGGGCCACUGAAGGGAGAGUUAAAGCAAAUGGAACUGUGAUUGAAAUAGUUGGGGAGGAGAAUUCAUGAGAAGAUUAUUCCUGAAAGUAUGAAUGCCCAGGGAACAGCAGGAAAAGGCCAUGGGGGCCUGACCCACCCUAUGGUGUCAGAAAAGUCUGGGACCCUGAAUUUCAUCAGAGACAUACUGAGAAAAGAAACUGCUUCUGCUCCAUCUCUUGUUUUGGAGAUGACUCCAUCUGUCCAUCAAAAAAAAAAAAAAAAAAAACCCUGUAAAUAUGAACCAACAAUGGUAUUUCCUAGAGAAGAGACCAUUUAUUUGUUCAACACCAACGGGAGACUCAUCAUAUGGGCACAGCUCCAGUGGUGUCCUUUCUGUGGAUAAAACCUCAAGUAAAUGUUUUAUUCUGCCUUUGAAAAUGCUUCCAAAAGUAGACCCACAUAGGUCAAGACUACAGAAAGGCUUUGUAGAAAUGUGUCAUUUAAUGUACACCUGCUACUUAUACAUUUCCUCUUUUGGAAAAAUGAGAUACUAAUGAUAACAAAAUUAAGACAUAGACAUACUGGCCUGGUGCCAGCAGAUGGCUUUUCUAUAGAUAAACGAGGUUAGUGUGGAAGAUACAGGUUAAAAUAAAAUAUGCUCUUUUAUUUAUCUUCCCAAUCUGGUUGGCAGCUAGACUUUUUUAGGGUCUUAUUUAAUGGCCCUAUUUUUUUCAUUAUUAUAUUUAAUGACAGGGCAGGAUUUAAAGACAGUAUACAAAGUCUUCUGUGUCUCAGGCUGCCUGCAGAAAAAAGUCACUAAAUUAUCUGCUGUCUGUGUGGUACAAGGCCCAUUGACUCAUCUGAUACUUGUUUUGUUAAUUUCUUUAAUAUUUUUUAUCACGGGUGGUGGGAGGGCUUGAGCCUUUAGCCACAGCUAUUUCAAGAUUUCUCAUCUCCUUCUGCCCUGCAGAAGGUGGGAAGGUCACUGAAUUUUUACAUUUGCAUUCCCACUUGAGUGUUAUGAAAACAUUCCUUCAAAGCUCUGUCUGUGCUACAAAAAAUAUGCCAGAACCUCAUAAGACAAAGCCAUUGCUAGAAAUGUCAUUCCGAUGUCAAAUCUGGAUAACAGGCUGCCAUAACCACGUUUCCUUCCUGCAGACUCAGCUCACCUGUGUAUUACAAAAUGUUCUUGGCAUCUUGAAACACCAGUUUCUACUCAGGUAUUCAUUUUCCUGUUAGUGAUCCAUCUUUCUGAUCUUUUUAAACCAGUUUUCCCCCCAAGGUGGGGGGGAGAAUUUCACUUAACUUCUAAGUAUCUGCAUAACUUUCAAUUAUUUGAUUUGUUUCCCUAAUUGUUUUUACCUAUGUUGUAUUCUUGGUCAUCUCAAAUGGCUUCUAAACCCAACUACUUUUCCAUUCCAGAAGUCUCCAUUCCUUACAGUUCUACCUAAUUUUGGGUUUACUGUCCUAGCUACUGGCCUUUUCUUCUUUAUGUGUUGUAUUUCACUUGCCUUGGGGGCUUAAAAGAUUUUUACCAGAACUAAUUUCUGGUUCCAGUCUUGGAGCCAUAGUUACCCAGUCAAGAUGAGUAGAAAAUGGGUUCAACUCCUGUUUCAUUCCACCAUAAACACCUCCGUGAGCCUCAUCAUCAGCUAGGAGAUGAUGCCUUACAGGUUGUAUAGCACUGGAACUUUCCUAGAGUAAUGGCUCUAAUGUCAGGGUUUUUCUGGGCUCAUUUUCCACUGACUUAAUUAUGAUCUAUGCCUAACAGAGCCCCAGUACAACUAUUUUGCAGAAUGGCUGUUACCCUAGAGUGACUAUAGCACAUAUUGAGACGUAGUUGUACUCCCUCGUAGAUAGGAACUGACCCUAACAAUAAACUUUGAUAAUAAAGACAA